AGUAUUCCGACAGUGAUAUGGACUUUUGGGAUGACGUGUCAUUUUUUUCCAGACCUUAAAGCCGGACUUCAACGUCGUUCAACCAACUUGCAAUAUAUUAUAUUAUAACUAUCGUGUUAUAAUUGGAAUACAAUUUUUGUCAUGGCGCACAAUGGCAAUUAUAAUGGCCCAAAGGAAUCCAGACCAGACGACGACAGUGACGGCAUUUCUCUAUUGUCUGGUGAUGUCAAUUCAGUUAAUAAAAAUGAUGAUGGCUCAAAUACGGAUUGUGGUAAGAGUAAAAUCGAAGACAGCGAUGUACCAACAACCAUUACUGACACAGAUGAAAACGAAAACGCUAAGAAAUUAGCAGCGUUUGUCAGGAAAGUAUUGCGUGAUGAAGUAGUCGAUGAGAAGAUGGAAUGGCCACCAUGUUUAUUGGUAAAAAUGUUUUUUAUCAAAAUAUAUUUGUGAGGAACAUGUAAUUGAUUUAUUGAUAUU